GGUGGGGAGGGUGUGGGUGGUGGGGGAGUGUGUAAUGUGGGUUUGAUUGCAGUAUCCGCUGAUCACAGACCAGAAUGAAAGUGAAAGUAUUGAGAGUGACUGUGCGAGAGCUGAGCUGAGAGGAGGGGAAGGGCAGAGGAGGAGACCGGACCUGUUGUUCUUUCAGGGGACUCUGCGAGGAGAAUGUUAUCGAAAAGGGAGAUGGUGUUAUUGAUUGCUGGAAUACUAUUGCAGUUCUUGCUGAGCUCUGCAUUAAGCACCAAUGACCAUGAGAGUGGAGAUGCUCCUAUAGCUUCUAAUGGACAGAAAUUUCCCUGGAACAAGAUGAGGUUGCCCAAUAGAAUCAUCCCACUUCACUAUGACCUGUUGAUACACCCAAAUCUAACCACUCUGAGUUUCACUGGAGUAGCCAAGAUUGAGGUCUCUGUCAAACAAGACACCAACUCCAUUGUCCUCCACAGCAAGUACCUGGAAAUCACCAGCGCCACCAUUGCAUUAACACAAGAUGGAAUUGCCCAACAUGAAAAAGCCAUGAAUGUUUUGGAGUUUCCACCUUACGAGCAAAUAGCGCUUCAGUCUAUUGAGCCUCUGGGUGCUGGAGAGAAGUACGUUAUUAACAUAAACUAUGCAGCCAAUCUGUCUGACGGUUUCUAUGGUUUCUACAAAAGCAGCUAUAAAACACAAGAUGGCAAAACAAGACUGCUUGCUUCUACCCAUUUUGAACCUACAUCAGCACGCAUGGCCUUUCCUUGCUUUGAUGAGCCGUCUUUCAAAGCCAACUUCUCAGUCAAGAUCAGGAGAGGCAGCCAAUACAUUGCACUGUCCAACAUGCCCAUGGUUAAAUCUUUCCCAAUAGGGGAGGGGAUUUUUGAAGACCAUUUUGCUGUGAGUGUGAGGAUGAGCACAUACCUGGUGGCAUUUAUUGUCUGCGACUUCAAAUCUGUUAGUGCUGUAACUUCAACAGGAAUUAAGGUGUCCAUAUACGCUGUUCCAGACAAGUGGAGCCAAACUCACUAUGCUUUGGAAGCAGCAGUGAAACUACUGGAGUUUUAUGAACAUUAUUUCAAUAUCUACUUCCCACUCCCAAAGCAAGAUCUCGUAGCGAUUCCCGAUUUUGAGUCAGGAGCCAUGGAGAACUGGGGUUUGAUCACUUAUAGGGAGACAUCUCUACUCUACGAUUCAGUGACCUCCUCAGCAUCGAAUAAACUAUGGAUUACUAUGGUGAUUGGGCAUGAACUGGCUCAUCAGUGGUUUGGUAACCUGGUGACAAUGGAGUGGUGGAAUGACCUCUGGCUUAACGAAGGCUUUGCCCGGUAUAUGGAGUUUGUCUCUGUUGGUGCCACCUAUCCAGAGCUACAAGUUGAUGACUAUCUUCUGAACACAUGUUUUGGAGCAAUGGGAAGCGACUCCAUGAAUUCAUCACGUGCUAUAUCCACAGCAGCAGAAAGUCCAACUCAGAUCCAGGAAAUGUUUGACUCGGUAUCUUAUGAGAAAGGUGCUUGCAUUCUGCACAUGUUGAGGAAUUUUCUAACAGAGGAGGUUUUCCAGAGUGGCUUAGUUUCUUACCUACGGAAAUACAGCUAUGGGAAUGCCAAGAACGAGGACCUGUGGAACAGCAUGGCCAAUACGUGCACAGAAGGAAACUUCACUUCAGGUGGAUUCUGCUACAGCACUUCACAAGCGGCUAAAAACGCUUAUCUUUAUACAGAGGAACAUCUGGACAUCAAGGAGGUUAUGAAUACUUGGACACUUCAGAAAGGGCUGCCAGUGAUCAUUGUUGAACACAGCGGGAGUUUAAUCCGGCUACGACAGGAGCGUUUCCUGAAGAGUGUCCUUCCAGAGGACCCUGUGUGGGAAUCACUGCAGUCUGGCUAUCUGUGGCACAUCCCGCUAACUUACAUCACGAGUAACUCGGACAGAAUUGGCAGAUAUCUGCUGAAAACCAAAUCAGAUACUAUUAAACUGGACAAAGAAGCUGACUGGGUGAAGUUUAACGUGGACAUGAAUGGCUAUUACAUUGUACACUAUGAGCACAGUGGAUGGGAUGCACUGGUUAAUCUACUGGAUCAGGAUCACACCCUCCUGAGCAUGAAGGACCGAACACACCUCAUUCAUAAUGCUUUCCAACUCGUCAGUGCAGGAAAGUUAUCACUUGAUCGAGCUCUUGACCUGACCCGUUACCUGAGACAUGAGAACAAAACUAUGCCAGUGUUACAGGGUCUGGCUUAUCUGGAGGUAUUUUACAAAUUGGUUGAGAAAAGGAAUAUCCCUGAUGUUGCAACAAAUCUGAAGAGAUAUAUCCUGGAGUUUUUCAAACACCUGAUUGACAAGCAGUCCUGGAGUGACGAUGGCUCCCUGUCAGAGCGUCUGCUGCGCACCAACCUCCUGGAGAUGGCCUGUGACCUGCAGUACCCUCCCUGCCUCCAAAAGGCUUUAGAUUUAUUCAAUAAGUGGAAGAAUUCCAAUGGCACCAUCAGUUUGCCGACAGAUGUUCUCGAGAUUGUGCAUUCUGUGGGAGCCCAGAGUGCUGAUGGAUGGGAAUACCUCCUGAAGAAGUACAUCCAGUCCUUGUCAGGUGCUGAAAAGAUUAAGAUUCUUAAUGCUUUGGCGGCCACCAGGGAUCCAGAGAAACUGUCAGGAUUGUUGGAGAUUGGUAUGGAAGGGAAUGUCAUCAAGUUGCAGGAUCUAGACCAUGUUGUUGCUGCAGUGAGCAGAAACCCAGUCGGACAUCUCCUUGCCUGGAAUUUUGUGAAGAGGAAUUGGAACAAACUGAUUGAGAAAUUUGAGCUUGGCUCCUUCACUAUCAGAUGGCUUAUCGUUGGAACGACAUCUCACUUUUCAUCUAAGGAAGAAUUGGAGGAGGUGAAAAUGUUCUUUGAAUCUAUCAAGGAGCAGAGCUCCCAGCUGAGGUGUACCCAGCUUGCCCUGGAAACCAUUCAGAAAAACAUUAGGUGGCUGGAGCGGAAUCUGGAUGUCCUCAGAUCGUGGCUAUUGGAUAUUACUAUCCCACAGUAAUACCACUGCUCAGUAACAUCUUAUUUCCCUUCAUUUCAGGAGUCCCGCAGUAUAGGCUGCAACACUGGUAAAUAUAAUGGAGUUGGCAAAACUAACUUAUUAUUAUGAAAGUAUGCAGAGGCCACAAGUCAUCAGGCACAAUAACAAGGGAAAGAAAUUAAGCAUUGGAUAAUGCAGUAAUUUAUUAGAUGUGGGGCAACAGAGCUAUAAACGUCACAUCCACACCCUGUUCAGGCUCACGUGUGUAUGCUAAUGUUAGCAUUUGUUAUUUUAAAAACUUUAUCAAUUAACUUUCAUUUCAAACAGGUUUUCUUAACAGAUUUCUUAAUUUAAAAAGUUUCAAUUGAAUCUCCAAGCUAUCAAACAUGCUGAAGAAUGCAUUCAAUCAUCUGAAAUUCAAUAAUUCUUCAUCUUAUUCAAUAAUAAUAAUUUAAUUUGAUAUAGUUCGUUAACACG